AUGAUUCUCAGUUGUAAAGUUGCAGAAAAGGUUAUCAAAGGUAUCGUUGAUGGUUGUGGGAAAUCGAACUGUGCUCUCUUAGUGGAGAUACUGCAAAGAAGCCCGAUUUUAAGCAGAAGGCGACGGUGUUCAUUCAAAUGGUUUCUUUUUAGUAAGAAAGUACUUUUACAGAAAGAUGAGCUUCCAGGUGGAUCAUGUAGUCUUGGUGAAGCUUUAAUGCCACAUACUGUCAUUUACGUGAAUCAGGUACUUGACUUUAUCAGCAAAUGA